GGUACCAUUUGGUUGGGAAGAGCCAUAUGUGGAAGGUUCUCCGGCGAAUCAACAAUUUUAUGCACCAUUUGUGAGCCGUGUUAGUUGUCUCUGAGGUUCAGACUAGACAAGUUGCUGUGUACCAGCUGCUCCCGGUUCUUUCUCUGACUCCAGCAAGAAUUUACGUAAAUAUAUUUUUGUUCGCCGGUAGGAAGAAAAAUUGUUUCUUGUAGAAGAACUUUGGAAGACAAAGUGAAAGUGUGAAUUAGUGAGUUUUUCUCUCUUUUGGAUGAGAUCCUCAGGAUAAUUUACCAGUGGAAAUUUAUUUUGGGGAGGAUAUAAAUAAUUUCUGGGCGAAAUCUCGUGAGCAUAGGAGUGGUGUUUUUUUUGUUUUUGGGAAAUAGCACCAGGGAGUGAAGAAUUGCUCCUAAUUAAUUUCAAUUGACUAUUGGCGCUUUGGAAUUUCCUAUUUUUGGCGCGAAAAUUCAGAGGGAGAAAAUUGUGGUGGAGAGAGAAGAAUCCUUAAGAACCACAGUGUGUGAAUUGAAUUAAUUGCCCGGGAAAAGCCGGAGGAAGUGUGUAGGAAAACUGUGUGACUGGAAGCUGGAGGUGUUGUGUGUGUGGAAAAGCUGUUAAUUGCCAACACUUGAGGACACUGUCGUCAGCAGCUCCUGAAUCCCAGAUUGCGGAUAUUGUAUACAGGACCGGUGCUGGAAAUUACAUAAAUUAUUCUACCAUUCAGCAUUUUGGAUUUUAAACACAACACUCUGUUCUGACUUUGAAGAUUUAUAAUGGGGAGUUGGAGGAGUUUGGUGUUCAUUUUGAUCGUUAGUGCGUGUCUGAUUGAGGGCAAAUACAGAGACCGGGAAGCAAAGCGACAAAGACCACAUCUCUUCGAGCCCGCUUCCACGGCGGCCAGUGUGAAUCUCUGUGAAAAGAUACCCCACAUGAAGCUCGUAUGUCAUUGCACCCAUGGAAACAGGAGUGAAGUCCUGGGAGCUGAUUGCUGGAUAUUCAACCCGGAUGUUCCUAAGAAGGAUCCCAUUUGGGGAGCUUUCUAUGCACAUUCGUCCAUAGAGACGCUAAAAUUUAGUGUUUACAAGCCUGGAAAUCUCACCUUUAUCCCCACUGAGAUUAUCCAUCACCUGCCCAAUCUCAAGGAUUUUUCAGUGCAAUAUGCUCAAGUGACGGAGAUUGGUAGUUAUGCUCUGGCUAAUAGGAGUCACUUGUCGAGGGUGGAGUUUAACAAUUGCACUCUGCAGGUGCUCAGAAGACACGCAUUCAUUCAUCAUCCUGCCCUCGUGGAAAUUAACCUGAAAUUUAAUCAAAUAGUUGAAAUCGAUCGGCACGCAUUCAGCAAUCUGCCCAAUCUAGAGAGAUUGCUGCUGGGCUACAAUAACAUCACGAGCCUCCAUGAUGAGGUAUUUAUCCACCUCAGCAAAUUGGCCGAGCUCUAUCUGCAGUCCAAUUUGAUUGCCAUCCUCAGUAGAGAGGUGUUCAAAGGACUAGGUAACCUCAAUGUGCUCAGCCUCUCUGGCAACCACAUCACCUUUGUGGGUGACACGGUAUUUGCUGAACUCUGGAGUCUCGAGGAAUUAUACCUGGACAGCAAUCGGAUUGAGAAAAUCUCCGAAAGAGCUUUUGAUGGUCUGAAUAACCUCAAACGAUUGAAUUUGCGACAUAACCGGUUGCUAUCUCUAGAAAAGGGUGUAUUUACCGUGGUUCCAGCUCUGAAGUCUCUUUAUUUGAACGACAAUCAACUGGAGACACUCACUUACAACAACUUCCUUCCCAUCUGGGACAACCUGCUGAGUGAAGACAGUGUGCUUGGAAUUUCUGACAAUCGAUUCAUUUGCGAUUGCCGUUUGAGGUGGAUUUUUGAACUGAAGAAUCGUACACGAAAUGAUGAUCUCAGGCGGAGUCUUCAGGAUGUCGAUUGCAUCCUGUUUGACAAGAACAGUGUUCCCGAGGAGAUUUUCACCAAUGCCGUAAAGGAGAAGAACGAUAGGGUUCCUGGAGAUUACUACGACGAUGCUGGAUACGAUGCCCAAGAAGAUACCUUCGUCUUUGAUAACCGUGAUAUAGAUGAUGGCCAGAAAGUUCAGGUAUUGAGAUUUGAGGCAGAAAAUUUGCCAUGCCCAGAAGAACUAAAUGAUCCCACUGAGGUGCCCAUGUCGCGGGAAUCUAUCGGAAUGGUAGAUAUGGGAUUGCGCUCGAGUGCUGUUUCCUGGACUCUCGUGGCUGCUUCUAUAUUUGGCCUGCAGACUCUAAUGGUGGCUAUUUUGUGCUAAUUUUCGCCAUGGGAUUCAAUCGCUACUUGAAUCUUGGGCACUGGGCCAAGAUGUAGUUCUUUCUGCAGCUCUCUGUACAUAGUUAUCGCUAAGGUGGUCAGUAGGUAGGCUUAAUUUAUUUCAUCCUCUAUCUCUCUCUUCUUCUCCUCUCUAAAUAAUCCAAUUAAGUAAACUGCCAACCUGUACACUGUCCAUUCCUUCUCUCUUCUCAGGCUUCUCUGCUACUAAAUCGCGCGAUAUGCCAAAAAAAGUCUCUUAAAAAUCCACUUAACACGUGUAAAAGUGAUGAAUUAUUUUGGAAUAAUUUCAAAUGAGCGUGACCUUUUAUUUUAAGUAAUUCCAUAUUUUGCUGGGAGGUAGUAUUAUAUCUUCUAGGUAUUUUUGUAUCGCGCCCCCUUUGGGAAUUAUGGUCAACUAGAAUUUAAUAUUUUGCAACUUUAGUAUGGCGUAAAAGGUUUCGCCCACUAAAAAUAAGCCACGCCUUCAAUAACGUUUGUGUGAAGAACGAACACUAAGUUUUGAAAACUCUCGUAACAGCCAGUGAUUGUGAAUCAAAGACUUUCAGGGAAGAUUGAAAGUGGAGAGAGUUUUAGAAAGGAUGUAUUAAUUGAAUAGGUGUGGUUUAUUUGUCAAAAGCUAGGCUUUUUCCAAAGCAAUUAAAAUACAAAAACUGCAACUUUAUUUGCUUAUGUUGCUUGAAAAAAAAGCGUGAUUUAAAAUUAAUUUUGAGUGGAGCUUGCUCAAGAACUCAAAUACUAUCCCUCCCGCAAAUUUAGUGAUUGAAAAAAAUAAAGUUUCUCUCAUCGGAAAGGAUUCCAUUAUUUUUGAUAAGUCAACACUGUGAGUGAAAAUAGGUUAAAACAGAUGGGAGUUUUUCAGGACUUUUGAAAAAGAAUAAAACCCGUAAUACAUGUGUCAUUUAUCAUACAAUUAAUUUUCUUUUAAGCAGUAAAAUGGUAUAAUCUGAAGUAUAUGUAGCGUUAAUAUAAUCUCUAGGUUUAAAAGAAGAAGAAAAAAAUAAGAUGGAAAACUAACUACUAGAUCGUAAUUCCUCAUAUUUUUACAAGAGCGAGAGAUUAACAUAGGAGAAAGAAUAAAAUAAUAAUAGAACAGUAAGGGAUUUAGCUAAGAAAAUUCUAUGUGGUGUGAUUUUUGGUGAAUGAAAAAUGAGCUUUUACUUUGAAUAGGAGAAAAGUGGACGAGGAAAAAAAGCGAUUGGAUUUAACACAUCAGUCUCAUUCUGGGCUUACACACUAAAAUCCUAGGGAAAAUGAGUGAGCGAAAGCUCUCAAACGUAAGCGGAUGAAAAUGGAAAUAAUGAAAUAAUCAAUUUCUCUGUCAGUGCGAUGCGUCUAAAUGAGGAGAAAUUCAUCAAUUAAUCCGCCCUGAGGGUUUUGAAAUACUAUGUCUAAGUGUAUCCUACUUUGUAGGAUGCUCGAAUUACAAAAAAUCUAUAUUAUGAAUAUUUUAAAAUUAUUCAAAAUCAGGAAGACAGAUUCUGAGAUCAAGCAGUUUGCAAAGUGUUAUCCUCUUUCCUAUUCUUCUUAUCCAAAACCUUCUUCUUCUUCUUUGUUAUAAUUCGUAUGGCUGUCGAUAACAGGCAUGUUUAUAAAAUUUUGCCAAGAUAUUUGAAGCGUUUUAAUAUUACUGACAGCUUUUCUGAGCUUUUAGAAUUCUGAAUGCUAGUUCAGAAUUUUAAUAUAAGACAUCUCUUUAAUACCAGAAGUUUGACAGCAGUGUCAAAGUGGAACAAUAUCGUAUGUCAUAAACAAAUUAUCGUAUGUACGAUCAAGGAUUCGGAUUUACUGUCGUUUACCUGAUGAGGUCUGUAUAAUGAUAAGUCGGCACCAUCCUCAAACGAGUAUUAAUUGAGUACACUAAUCUGAAACGAAUAUCAAUCAGAACGAGUGAUAUCAAUUCCUAUUUUCAAAGGAGUACAAGUCGAAAAAAUUCCUACCGAGAACGGGAUUAAAUUGGGUAUCUCCACUGGCAAUUGCAACAUCAUAUAAAGAUCAAGCUUCUUAAAAAAUGUAUUUCGUUCCUUGAAAACCUCAAGCCGAUAUCUUUGUCUGUUUGGUCUGUCUAUUUCACUGCAAAUGGACGGAUGGCCAAAUUAACUUUGUGUUGCCAUUUUCUGACAGCUCAUGUCAAAAUAUUACUAAGGGCGUCGGGGGCGCAGGAUGAAGAAUCUAACGAGAAAUCAAGGAAUUAUAUAUAAUACUCUCACUGCAGCGUUCGAGGAAUUAUAAAAAAGCACGAUUCCAUCGAGAACGUCUGCUUUUCUCUUUGAAGCACAUUGAAGGUUCGAUGUGAAAAUUGGUUAUAUAGAUUUUGGUUUGUGGGAAAGUAGAAAGGGAGGAUUUUGAGAUUGUGACUUCAAAAUCUCUAUUUGAAUAUUGUGGCUUUGGAUUAAAUUUCCCCAGAACAUGUUCAUCUAAUGUAGACUAACACUAUAUACAUCUUUCAAUAAACACACGCGUCGGGCCUUGUCAAAAUAUCAAAUCCCCACCCAUACACAUACCCGAGAUGAUUCUGGGAAAACAUGAAAAUGUCAUUUAUAAUUACCCAAGCUUCACCACCAUCAAGCCUUUUGGCAAGAAGCGUCUCAUGGGGGAGGAUUUUCCGCCGGGAAAGUCUCCGUGCGAGUAGUGUUGGGGAGUUUUCCAGGCGUCAAAAGCAUGGAGAUGGAUUUACUGCGAUGCGUAGGUGAUUCAUUAGCAGAGGAAAUUCUCCAAAUGGGGUUGAAGGAAAUUUUAAUUUGGCGUCAUAUUGCGGAUAAGCCUUGGGAAUUUUUGUUAAAUCUUCUCAGAACAAAAUGAAAUUCUCGAAGUUGCAAGCAAUUCGUCUUAUCUGCUUUGAAUUAUUCGAAAAAAAGUCCUUAAGAAAAAGAACGUUGGUAUAGUAUUAAAGACUAUUAAUUCUUUUCAGUUGUAACUCAUUGUAGAAAAUUAGAUAAGUUUUCUAAUUUUUUAAUUUCCAAAUAUAGUAAAAAUUUGAUCGUAAAAUUUUGAAUUUAUAAGGAUUUUUUUCUAUUAAUUUGCCGAAGAAUCUUUUAAAUAUUUUUGAAAACUGAAAAAGUGUAUGGUAGAAAAAGAUGGGGAUACUUUGGGAAGCUGGCUUUGUCAUAAUUUAAUUUAGAUCCAUAAUUUUAUAUUCUAUCAAAAUUACAUUUCGUUAAAGCUCAGUUUUCUUUGAAAAUAUGAGUAAUAUGAGUAUCAAUGUAGCCCCACCGCUCUCUAUUUCCAUUAAUUGAAAAAAUUAUCUUAAUUAGUUUUCCUCUCCAAAACAGUACGAAAACCUGUAAAAGUCUUUCAUCUACUUGACAGUUAUAAACAAAAACCUGGGAUAUAUUUCGGUAUUCUUAGCGUAGAUAUGGUUAACUUGGUUUUCUGGUGAUGACUUUCUUCUCCGAUUUUCAUAAGCUUCACUUUAAUACCAGCACUUAAGAAUGUUCUUUACCGAUCGGUAAUAGAAGAUCGGAUUAGUGAAGACCAUCCUUAAGUACUAGAAUUAAUUAAAAGCAUGCGAAAAGCAAAAGGGGCCAAGUCACUCGUAUCUAUCAAGAUGACCUAUGGUAAGUUUAAAUAAGGCUAAUGAUUUUUAAAAACUUCUCUUCUCCUAUAUAAAUUUCUAAAUUCUGAAAAUGAAAUUCUAUAGAUUUAAGCAAAAUAUUUAGUCACAAAUGAAUGAUUUCCUAUUUUGUUUCUAUUUAAUAAAAUUUUCCUGAUUUUGAAGGUGUACCGGAGCCAUUAUGUCUUCAAUACAACUUUUAGGUCAGGAAAUUUUCGUGAAAUUAAAAUAUCUUUGCUCUUUUAUUUCAAACGUAGUACUAAUAGCACUGGUAUACCUUUUAGAUCGAUAAAAUUUCAUGACAUCAAAAUUUACAUAAGUCUAUUACACUCUUUCGGACUCAAAAUUGGUUUGAACUAAAUUUAGUUUGAUCUGAUGUUCAAUAGAAGAAGAAGAAGAAGAAGAGUGCGAAAGAGUAGGAUAGAUAUAUAAAAAAUUUUUAAGAAACAAGAAGCAAGUUAAUUUUGGCUUUAUGAAAUUUUCCUGAUCUAAAUGGUGUGUUGGAGUGGCAAGAGCCAUGAAAAGCCGAAUUCAAUUUAGCCUGAUACUUAAAAGAAGAAGUAGAAUCAUACUUAAUACGUUUGGCAAUAAAAGUAUUGUAAAUUUUGCAUUCAUAAAACACUUUCACAUUUCCAAAUUCGUCUUAGUUAUUGUGAAGUUAAUUUCAAUUUUACUAAAAUAUUGAAGAGAUUUACUUAAUUAAAUCGGUUAAAGUGUUCUUAAAGUUGCAUUUUACAUUUUAUAGUGUGAAGAAUUUUCUAGAGCUGUUUUUUUAUAAAUGUAAAUACUCUCAUACUGAAAAGGAUUUGUAACAUGCAAACUACUGUCAGUAAGUGGUGGCGUAAAGAAAAAGUGAAAUAGAUUGCUAGCUUUCGGUUGAGUGGUUGUGCACGUGUUUCCGAAGACCUUAAAGCAGUCUUCAGACUAGAGGUUUAGCCGAGUUGCAGGAAGUCUCAGAAUCUUAAAUGGCAACCAAUUUUUUUUUGUUUUUUUUUAAAGAAUUUAAUAGGACAGUCGUCCUUAAUAAUUCAAUGCUAAGUUAAAUUUUCCAAACUAUCUUGACUGUUAAGGAAUUAUAACAGUUAAGUCGUAUGGCUAAGUCUUAGGUCUGAAGCCCAUAUAAGCCUACAUCUUUAAACGUUUAACCUUUAGACACAAUGUAAAGUCGUCUUUAUUAAGUGUACAAAUUGGCCAAUUUUUCCACUUAAGAUUUCAGUUAUUUCGGAAGGCAAACACCCCGUUUCAGAUUUUAAUUUAUAAUUACAGUUAAAUUGGAAAAUAAUGAAGAAAUCCAGUUUCAAAUGUGACAUUUCGAUGGACAUUGUAGGGUAUCCCUAUACAAUUAACUUGAUAAUUGAUCAGUCUGCGGCCUUUCAAGGUAUUUUUGGGAACUAACCUUCAUUCAACUUUAAUGGACACUACAGUCAAUGAAAGUUAUGCUAUGGCACCCUUUCUAUCAGUCACUGCUAAUAGAUACACAUUAAAGUUAGGAAACAAAGAGGAUGAGUGAGUUAAAUGGAAAAAUGGGAACCAAAUCUAACCAUUAUUGCUGGGAAUGUGAUUGACCCAAAUUGUCUCUGUUUUUCCUGGUAGGGUUGGUAUUCUGAGGGUUUACGCUUUUCCGGGGUUUCAUGGUUUGGGAACUUUUCACCCAAUUUUGUUGGACAAUAUUUGAAUGAAUAGAUUUCACAAUACCCCAAAUAUUCCUGUACACGAGGAACUCGUAGUGAUUAUUAUGCUACAUAUUUCGAUGGAUUGGUAGAUAUUGUUUAAGUUACACAAAAGAAUAUUUUGAGUGAUUUGAUGGAUGUUUCAUUGAAAGGACGCGCCUUUACAUUAAUUGAAGAAUAAUUAAUGUGUCUCCUGAUUUAUAUGUUCGGUUUAUUGAAUAAUAACAUUGAGGUUGAUGGAGGGAUUUGGAAAUGUUGGGAGUGAUAGCCCAAAAAAAGUCCGGUGACUUCUUUUGAAGGUAUUUUGAGGGAUAGAGGAUGGUGUCAAGUAAGGAAUUAGUAUGACGUGGAAUGUGGCUUCCCAGGGCAUUUCAUCUCUUUUAUAUUGCUUUUUAAUGAAUACACCAUCAAAUUGAUGUGCUUCUAAUCGAUUUUCCUAGCAACUUUUUCAAUCUCUCUGUCCUCGUUUUUCCGUACCUCCAAACUUUCUUCGUGGAGAAAAAGUCAAAAGUUUAAAUCAACAAUCGAAAAAUUUACCGUUGAGCAUAAUAGUCAGAAACUUAAGAAAAUUUAGAACUUAGAACUGUACUCCAAAGAUGAAAAUACAUUUUGAAUUUGCUACUGUGCAAAGAGAUAGUAUAAAAUUCUCUGAGUCCGCAAAAAUCUUAUACAAUUCCUUCUUUAGGAACUAUCGAUUAAGAAAUUUGCAAUUUCUAUUACUUAAGAUUUUUAAUUGUGUAUUAGCUGCACCUAUAAAUUAGUUUUUAGGUGGGGACAAUAAUAUUCUGAUCUUAAAUAAUUAGGUCACGCCCAAUAUUAGAGUUAAAUAUAAAUGAUAUCCCUGACAUUUUCCUUGAUUUAGAACGUAGAGUAAAACCCUAAUAUUGUCAAUAAUUAAAAUACUUUAAUAGAGUUUAUAUUUUAAAAUUUUUGUAUUUUGAAUGAUUUACAUAAUUUAAGCCCCGCCCACUGUCUUACAUUGUCCUGCUAAAUUAUUUUCUCCUCAAAAAAAUAUUUAGCCCCUUAUUUCUAAUUGGAAAUGACCUAAAUUUAUAUUUUAGUGGGACUCUUUUUAUAGAAAGUUCAGUAGAUAGAUAAUACAGCAAAAAUUGAUUUUUUGUUUCGCAAUUUAAUUUAAUCUGAAAUUAUCCCCAAACUAAUUUUAUUGGAAGAAAAAAAAGGAAAAAGAUAAUUUAUGAAACGCAAAAAGCAUUAAUAAUAAUUUUUUUUUUCAAGUAAAAGAUUCAUGCAUGUUCUCAACGAAUUUUAAAGAUCUUGAAUUUUUUAAACUCUUUCAUGUGUUCUAUAGAAUUUUACCUGUUAUGACUGUUCUACUUUCCGUAUUGAUUUAAUUUGAUUCAUUUAAAUUUUCCAUUCUUUUCAAGCAACUAUAAAAUAGGAAUAAACAAUUUGUUUUAGGGGUUUUGUUGUGGAAACUUUCAAAUUCUCUCUCAUUCUGGAAAUUCCACUGUAAUUAAAUAGAAUGUUUAUUAUCCAAUUUCUAUAGAAUUCUGUUAUUGAAAAGUUGUGUUAAAAUUCAAAAAUAGAAUUUUUCAUAUUUCGAAAAAUAAAUCUCAUAUUUUCAUUUAUUCAGGAGUUUAUCUUUUUCCUGAGUAACUUGUGAUUUUUCGAGGUAUUUAAUUUAAAUUUUAAAACAUUUCGUGGAGUAUAUUUGUGGCUUAAAUGUGAACACUCAUCAAUAAAUCGACUUCAAUGGGAAAAAGAAGCCAGAAAACCUACUUACAAAAAAGUAUCACUGUCCCCGUUCCCUAUUAAUAUCUAAUAUUGAAUGAAAUUUGUCUACCAUCUCUUCCGAUGUCUCUCUUUCAUAAACUUCCUGGGAAAAAAAGUAUGUUGAGGGAGAUUCUCGUUAGGCGAUGAAACAUGAAAGGCAUUACAUAUUCAUUGUGGAUGAAUGAGAGUGAAAGUGCGUGAUAUUGGCUCCCCAUCUAUCCGAAAGAAACCAAGUCUUGAGGAAAAUUGAAGAGUGUGGUGAUUGUGGGAGAUUUGCAUUGAUAUUUUGCAUAUCUCAUUCACUUCCACCCCAAUUGAUGGAUUUUCCAUUGAAUUUCACUCAGUGUGAAAGUGAAAUAAAGUGGCACGCGAUUAAACCGUGUGGCUGGAUAAAAGAACCGGCAAUACAAAUUGAAUGGAAAUUCUUUAAUAGAUUUUUUUUCUUGUGCUUUUCCUCCAGGAAAAUUUUCCUCGUCUCAAGAGAUGAAGAAAAAGAGACAAUUUCCGUGCGAUUGUAUUGCAAGGAUUAUGCCAUUGAGUGCACACUUAGUAAUUGUCUGUUGCUUCCCUUCACUUUUCCUCUUUUUCCUGAACCGAGGGGAGAUUGAUUGGGCAUUUGGAUUGAGAAAUACCUGGAUGAAAAGUAUGAUAAAUUUCAUGUACUUUGUUGAGUUGAGAAUCAAUAGGAAUUGAUGUGAUUUUGAGCUCAUAACAACGUUAUCUUUUGAAUACAGGCAAAUAGUCCUAUUCCGAAAAAAAGUUUUGCCAAAUUCACAAGGAAAGUUUGUCAAAAGGAUGCUCUUCAAUACGAAACAUGGAAAGGUUUUGUAAAAUCGACGUUCAACUGGAUCUUGUUAAAAGUUUGUCAGAAGGAUGUUAUUUUUCAUGUAAAAAGUGAUAAAAUUUUUUGGCAAAUUGGUAAACAACAUCCAUUUGACAAGCUUUUAACAAAAUUUGUCCUGUUAACAAAGACGUGUUUUUCCCAGAGUAGAAUUAAUUUUAAAAGGGUAAAACAUUUGAAUUAGAAGAUUUACCAAAAACAUCCAUUUUGGUGAGUAAAAAAUUAUUAUUAUUUCUUAAGUUGGUGAUCAUGCAACUAUUCUUUAGUUGCGUGUGACUCAAUAGUCUCAUACAACUCAAUUUGAAAUAAUACCGCCAAUUAAAAAUUAUUCACUUUAUUUUUUUCAUAUUCAAAGUAAAUUUCCUUGGUAAUUUUCAAACUUUUCCUAAACUAUUCUAACACCUGAACCCUCGAGCAGACCUCUAACCCUCCUAUUUUGACGCAUGCAUCGACUGAGACAGAAGACAGCUGAAAAGAAAAGACACGCAACACCAUUAAGAAUAAAUUAAACAUUUCACGGGAAAUGUUUAGUAAAUUUCCCUAUUUCACAAAGGGACUGUGUGUAAGGAUGAAAAGAAAUAUAGAUUGUAGUCAGAGAAAUGGAAAGUAAUUUGGUCGCUCUGUAAAUAAUUGUAUACAACUCAAUACACCAAAAAAAGGGGCGUUUAGAGGCGUAGAAAAAUGAGGAUAUUUCAGUAGGAUUUUCGCUUCAAUUGCCCACAAUUUCUUUUGUAAUACAUUUUAAGUAUCAAAUUGAAUUUUGUAAUUCGAGAUUUCUCGCACCAACAACUCCUGAAAAGCAAGGGUUUAAGGUAACGCAGAAAGGUGCGUGUGUCGAGCAGAAGGAAAAUCUUGAAGGUGGGAAAAGAAUGUUGCUAAAGCACGUAUUAUAAAAAUUCAUUAGGACAGCGAUAAGUUGUUACAUUAAAAAUUAAUAUUCUGCGUGACGACACAUCAGUUUCUAAGUAUUUAAGAAGAGAAAAAGAAAGAGAGGAUAAUGUAGAGUAUUGAAGGUAGGUUAAUAUUUCGCUAUUUAGUAUACAUAUUAUGACUUCACAUUGAGCUAUAUUGUAUAACGAAAAGUCUAUUGAAUGUAACGAGCAUAAUUUAUAUUAUAAGUGCUAUAUAAUACUAAAAAAAAUAUAGGGCAGUCUAGAGAGAAGCAUAAAAAGAAAAGGGGGUGAAUAUUUUUCCCGAGAUAGAAUGAGAAAAUUGAGUCAUGUUGUAUUUUGAAUGAAGGAGUACAAUUGAGUGAUACAAAUGACUAAAUAUUUUUUAUACUCAAUUUGCGUAAGAAGCAUUUUUUUCUCUCUUUAGUCGACGUCCCUUUCUGCUCCUUUUUUUAACUAUAAAUAUCAUCCUUGCACAUCACGUCGACGAAGAGACAGUAAAAAAUGACCAAAAAAAUAUUGUAGGUGAAUGUAAGGAACUAGAGUGAAAGUUUAAUGUGAAGAUGGAUUGAUGGUCUUAUGGGAUAUUUAUCAGUAAAUUAAUGGAAAGAGAUAUUAGGAGGAAAAUUGCGAUAUAAAUAACAAAUAAGUUUCUAUUUUAAAUUUUCAUAAAAAGGUAAAACUGUAGUUUAUAAAAACAAUAAAGAGUAUUUUAAAUUAUAGAAAUGUAAAUAUAUUUGGUAUUACUUUACAAUUUCAUUUUCUCUUUUAAUGCAAUGUUUUUCGGAUAAAAUAGGUUCUACAAAAGCCCAAUAUAAGUAGGAAAAUUUAUAGAAAAAAAAACAAGGGAACGUCUGGUAAAUGUGGUAGAGAAGUAAAAUAAAUAAAAUAAAUAAAAUCAAUCUUAACAUAAUUAAAUUUAUUUUUAAUUUAUAAUAAUAAUUUUCCAUCGUUAUUUGAGGUAUAUAGUGACCAUUUAAAAGUAAAAUAUCAUAAAAAUUUCAUCAAAAAGUAAAAAUUUGCAGAAUCACGCUACUGAAAAAAUUAAGUCACGCCUACUACAAAUUAUUCAUAAAGAAGUAUAAGUAAUAUAAAAUUUAUACAUGACUUCUGAGAAUCUUUUAUUAUAAUCAGUUUUUCCAACAAUUUUGCAAAAUGAUACAAAAAAUUCUAAUUUCACAAAAUUAUCUUCACCGCUAUUAGAUUUUUUUAAAAUUAUUUUUUCUUUAAUUUUCUCAAGAAUUUUGUAAAAUUGAAUAAAAAUGAAUUAAAUUUGAAUUUAAUUACAUCUUAUUUUUGAUCUUUACCAUCCCUUCCAUGCCGUUUAUCGUCGUCUUAGUGUUACAUCAAACCUCUAGGACAAAUCGGUGAAAAUAUCUCCUAGAACUAGUUGUAUUAUUUGGUUCUACAAAAAAUUUUACAUUUUGAUUGGAGCUAGGUUAGUCAAAUUGAUAAUUGAAUUUGAUUUCUUUUCUUUAACUUGGUUGAUUUUUUUUCAUUUCUUCUGUAAUUUAGAAGCUAGACUAGGAGGCGCGGCCUAUAGGUAUUCUGAGUUUGGUGAAAAAUGAAAAUUUUGUAAUUUGGGAAAACUUACUGCAGAAUUUCUGUUUUAAAUUUUUUUAAAGAAUUCAAACAAACUUCAGUUGUUUUCAAGGAGGCGUGGUUUAGUAUAUAUUAUUAUUGGUAGGUAAGUUUAAUUUAACAAUCAAUCGAAAUACGGUAAUUUCAAAAAAGGGUAACGAAAUUGUAAAGUAGUGUCAAAAAUUUAUUAUAAUAGGAUGACAUCUAUUAUUUCUCUCUUUUCUGAUGAAUUUUUAAUCCGUUCUUUUUCAAAUUGAUUUUCUAAGAACAAGUUGAGGUAUGAAAAAUUAAAGACAUUAUUUUCCCUACAACCCAAUACAAGAAAAAAAUCUCUAUUAGUCCAACGAAAGGUGUUUAUUUUUUUCUAAAUUAAACCUCACUCAAUAAAAGAAAAAAAUAGAGCAUAUAAUAAAUGGUAAUGGUCGGAAAUAAUACUAAAAGUCACUGGUAAGAGAGUAAUAAUUAAUUAAAUUAGCUAAUGUCACAAUUAAUUAAGAUUUAAGACAGAAAAAUGUCAUACAAUUCACUGGAAUCUCUGUAAUCACGAGUUUAGGAAUGAGAUAAGAAAAAGAAUCCACCCCUUAUUUGUAUAAUGAGAAUAAGUAUUCAUUUAAUUAAGUAUUUUUCAGCUGACUCAUUGUACCUAUAUCAUCGUGAAUUUGUAUAAAAAAAAUACAUUGAGAAAGAACUAAUAAAAAGAAAAACAUCAUUUGAGAACAAAA